ACCCCCCUACUGCUCCGAGUUUUUGUUGCUGCCAGCUUCCCUCGUGUGUCGCACAACUGUACGUGUAGUUCAGGAUGGCUGACAGCGAAGGAGGCUCCGAGCAAGAUGAUGUAUCAUUUCUCCGAACGGAAGACAUGGUGUGCCUGUCAUGCACGGCCACCGGCGAGAGGGUGUGUCUGGCUGCCGAGGGCUUCGGCAACCGACACUGUUACUUGGAGACCAUCGCAGAUAAAAACAUCCCGCCAGACCUGUCGCAGUGCGUGUUCGUGAUCGAGCAAGCUCUGUCAGUGCGCGCUCUGCAAGAGCUGGUCACGGCCGCGGGAUCGGAGACGGGGAAAGGAACAGGCUCUGGCCACAGAACCCUACUUUACGGCAAUGCCAUACUGCUGCGACAUCAGAAUAGUGAUAUGUACCUGGCAUGUCUGUCUACCAGCUCCUCAAAUGACAAACUGGCAUUUGAUGUUGGUUUACAGGAGCAUUCACAAGGGGAAGCCUGUUGGUGGACAGUACACCCUGCUUCCAAGCAAAGAUCUGAAGGUGAAAAGGUGAGGGUUGGUGAUGACCUUAUCCUUGUCUCCGUUGCUACUGAGAGGUACCUGCAUACAACCAAAGAAAACGAUUUGUCUGUGGUGAAUGCCUCUUUCCAUGUGACUCACUGGUCUGUCCAGCCAUAUGGAACAGGAAUAAGCAGGAUGAAAUACGUGGGUUAUGUGUUUGGAGGUGAUGUUCUCAGGUUCUUCCACGGUGGUGAUGAGUGUCUCACCAUUCCAUCAACAUGGAGUGAACAGCCUGGACAGAACAUUGUUAUAUAUGAAGGUGGUAGUGUCAUGAGUCAAGCCAGGUCCCUGUGGAGAUUGGAACUUGCAAGAACAAAAUGGGCUGGUGGCUUCAUUAACUGGUCCCAUCCAAUGAGAAUAAGGCACUUGACAACUGGCCGUUACCUCGGUGUUAAUGAAAAUAAUGAGCUCUGUCUUGUCACAAGGGAUGAAGCAACAAUAGCAUCAUCAACAUUCUGCCUGCGCCAAGAAAAAGAUGAUCAGAAAGUGGUACUUGAAGACAAAGAUCUUGAAGUGAUUGGCUCACCCAUAAUAAAAUAUGGUGACAGCACAGUCAUAGUUCAACAUUCGGAAACCUCACUUUGGUUAUCAUAUAAGGCUUAUGAAACAAAAAAGAAAGGUGUGGGGAAAGUUGAAGAAAAGCAAGCUGUCCUCCAUGAAGAAGGGAAAAUGGAUGAUGGCUUAGACUUUAGCCGCAGUCAAGAGGAGGAAUCAAGAACGGCUCGUGUUAUAAGAAAAUGUAGUUCCCUUUUCACGAAAUUUAUAACGGGACUAGAAACACUGCAGACAAAUAGACGACAUUCAUUAUUUUUUAUGUCUGUGAAUUUAAAUGAAAUGGUUAUGUGCCUUGAAGAUUUAAUAAACUACUUUGCCCAGCCAGAGGAAGAAAUGGAGCAUGAAGAGAAGCAGAACAGACUUAGAGCAUUGAGAAACAGACAGGACCUGUUUCAAGAAGAAGGAAUAUUAAACCUCAUCCUUGAAGCUAUUGACAAAAUUAAUGUUAUCACAUCACAAGGAUUCCUAAUUGCCCUGUCUGGAGAUGAUACUGGCCAAAGCUGGGAAGUUAUUUCAGGAUAUCUGUACCAGCUUCUUGCUGCCAUAAUAAAAGGAAACCACACAAACUGUGCUCAGUUUGCCAACUCAAACAGACUGAAUUGGUUAUUCAGCAGACUGGGUUCACAGGCAUCUAGUGAGGGUACAGGAAUGCUGGAUGUGCUCCAUUGCGUUCUCAUUGAUUCACCAGAAGCAUUGAAUAUGAUGAGGGAUGAACACAUUAAAGUUAUCAUAUCUUUACUAGAGAAACAUGGUCGAGAUCCAAAAGUUCUUGAUGUGCUGUGCUCAUUGUGUGUGGGUAAUGGUGUUGCAGUCAGAAGUUCACAAAAUAACAUAUGUGACUUCUUGCUCCCUGGAAAAAAUCUUCUUCUGCAAACACAGCUUGUGGACCAUGUAGCAAGUGUUCGGCCCAACAUAUUCGUUGGGAAAGUAGAGGGUUCUGCCAUGUACCAGAAGUGGUACUUUGAAGUAACACUGGAUCAUAUUGAGCAGACAACGCAUAUGACACCACAUCUGAGAAUCGGAUGGGCCAAUACUUCAGGGUAUUGCCCUUACCCAGGAGGAGGUGAAAAAUGGGGUGGAAAUGGAGUGGGUGAUGAUCUUUAUUCAUAUGGGUUUGAUGGAGCCUACCUGUGGACAGGUGGAAGAAAAACCCAUGUGCUCAAUAAUACUAAUGAGCCAUACAUAAAGAAGGGAGACGUUGUGGGCUGUGCCUUUGACUUAACAGUACCAGUGAUAACAUUCACGUUUAAUGGCCAUAAGGUCAAAGGAUCAUUCCGAAAUUUUAAUUUAGACGGGAUGUUUUUCCCUGUAAUAAGCUGUUCUUCCAAACUGAGUUGUCGAUUUCUACUUGGUGGAGAUCAAGGACGACUGAAAUACAUUCCACCAGAAGAAUUUUCACCCCUAGUUGAAAGCUUACUUCCUCAACAAGUUCUUUCCAUUGACCCUUGCUUCUACUUUGGGAACCUCAAUAAAUGUGUGCUUUCAGGACCAUGGCCAGUUGAAGAUGAUACAGCAUUUGUGCCAACACCAGUUGACACAUCGAUGAUUACAUUACCGGGCUAUAUAGAAAGCAUCAGAGAUCGUCUUGCAGAAAACAUCCAUGAAAUGUGGGCAAUGAACAAAAUUGAAGCCGGUUGGGCAUACGGAGAAAGGAGAGAUGAUGUUCGUAAAAUUCAUCCAUGCCUCAUUCAGUUUGAAAGACUGCCUCCAGCUGAGAAACGUUAUGAUUCACAGCUUGCAGUACAAACACUUAAGACAAUUCUUGCACUUGGAUAUUAUAUUACCAUGGACAAGCCACCAUCUCGUAUCAAAACUGUUCGUCUUCCAAAUGAACCAUUCCUCCAGUCGAAUGGCUACAAACCAGCACCCCUGGACCUUAGUGCUAUCACACUUACUCCAAAAAUGGAAGAGUUGGUUGAUCAGCUUGCAGAAAAUACACACAAUCUCUGGGCAAAAGAACGCAUUCAACAAGGCUGGACUUAUGGCCUCAAUGAGGAUCCUGAUAUGAGAAGAAGCCCUCACCUGGUGCCUUACAUAAAAGUAGAUGACGCAAUCAAGAAAGCAAAUAGGGAUACUGCAAGUGAAACAGUUCGCACAUUGCUUGUAUAUGGAUACAAUUUAGAGCCCCCAACUGGAGAAGCAAAUGAAGCUUUGCUUGCUGAGGCCAAUAGGAACAAACAGACUCGUUUCAGAACAUAUCGUGUUGAGAAGAAUUAUGCUGUUUCUAGUGGGAAAUGGUACUUUGAAUUUGAGAUAAUGACAGCUGGUCCCAUGCGUGUUGGCUGGGCUCGAGCUGACUGUAGUCCAGGCUGUCAGCUUGGAAGUGAUGAAACUACAUGGGCAUUUGAUGGCUACAAUGAAGUGAAGUAUAAUUGCGGGCAAGCCGAGACGUUCGGCAAACAGUGGCAAGUGGGAGACGUGGUCGGAGUCUUCCUCGAUCUUGUAGAUCGAACUAUCAGUUUCUCUCUUAACGGUGAACUUCUGAUGGAUGCACUUGGAGGAGAAACAUCUUUUUCGGAUGUGCAAGGAGAUUCAUUUGUUCCGGCAUGUACUUUAAGUGUUGGACAGAAAGCUAAAUUGACAUUUGGUCAGGAUGUCAACACUCUGAAGUUCUUCACUACAUGUGGGCUACAGGAAGGCUAUGAACCAUUCUGUGUAAACAUGAAGAGAGCUGUAACUUACUGGUACACCAAGGAUCAACCAAUAUUUGAAAACACAGAUGACAUGCUGGAUACUAAAAUAGAUGUUACUCGUAUUCCUGCUGGUUCAGACACACCCCCGUGUCUGAAGAUAAGUCACAAUACAUUUGAGACUAUGGAAAAGGCCAACUGGGAAUUCUUGAAACUUUCAUUGCCUGUCAUCUGCCAGUCAACGUUCAUAGAAGAAGGUGAGAAAAUUAGGCGAUGGCAAGAAAUAAAAAUCCGACAACACAGAUUACUUGCUGAAGCUGACCAGACAACACCAGCUCAUAUUGAACAGAUAAUGAAAUCUGGAUUUACAAUGAGUGAUAUUAAAGGUCUCCAGCGAGGUUAUUCAGAAGAUGUUGUAGAAGCAGAUGAAAUUAUUAUGAAUGGACCGACACCAGAUUCACCACAAUCACCUAGCAAGCUUAAAAAUAGACCAUCUAGACCACCACGCAAAGGCUCCUUGUCAAGAAAUGCUACUUAUGAUAACAUGGAAAAUGCAUUGACAAAUGGAAUGUUGGAGCCAGGUAAAAUUCAUAGGUCAACAAGUGAUAUGGAUCUAAAUAGAUACAACAUGGAUGGGAUGGUAAAUAACCAAGAUGCUAUCCGAGAUGACAAAAAGAAGAGAGGUCGUUCACCAUUCAGAUUUUUCUCCCGAAAACGAGAUGCAAGCAGUGAAGGAAUGAAGAAAGCAAAAACUCCAGAACCAGGUGGUAUAGAUGGGGAAAUACUACCAGAAAGAAAUAAACCACUUGGUAUGGCACGUACAAAUACACUUCAGCCACCACGAACAGCACAAGUCCGCAUGUCUCAGACUGACCUGAAGGUAGUUCCACCAUCGGUUCCAGAUCGAUCACCGAAGGCUUUGUCUGUUCCUGCAGCGACAGGUGUAGAGGCUAUUGGUAAUGAGAUUUUUGAUGCUGAAUGUCUCAAACUUAUAAAUGAGUACUUCUAUGGAGUGCGAAUAUUUCCUGGUCAGGACCCAACACAUGUGUAUGUUGGAUGGGUAACAACUCAGUAUCAUGUCCAUAGAAAAGACUUCAACCAGAGCCAUGUUCAGAAAGCAUCUGUAACAAUUGUGGAUGAGUAUGAAAGAAUAAUGGAGAGUGUUGACCGUCAAAGUUGCUACAUGGUGCGAGCUGACGAGCUUUACAAUGAAGUAACAAAUGAUGCGUCAGGAAAAGGGGCAUCACAGGGGAUGUUUAUUGGGUGCUUUGUUGAUGCUGCUACUGGUUAUGUGACAUAUACCUGUGAAGGAAAGGAAACAAACCAUCGAUUUAAGAUGGAACCAGAGACAAAACUUUUCCCAGCAAUUUUUGUAGAGGCGACAAGUAAAGAAAUUCUACAGAUAGAGUUGGGAAGAACAUCGACGACACUCCCAUUGUCAGCUGCAGUACUGCAGAAUUCAGAGAGGCAUGUCAUACCACAGUUCCCACCAAGACUGAAAGUGCAGUGCUUAAAGCCACACCAGUGGGCACGGGUUCCAAACCAGUCUCUUCAAGUUCAUGCUUUGAAACUAUCUGAUAUCCGUGGCUGGAGUAUCCUCUGUGAAGAUCCUGUGUCAAUGCUUGCUUUACACAUACCAGAAGAGGAUAGAUGUAUUGAUAUUCUGGAGCUUAUUGAAAUGGAAAGAUUACUCAGUUUCCAUGCCCACACCUUAACUUUGUACGCUGCAUUGUGCUACCAGUCAAACUACCGUGCAGCUCACGCCCUCUGCCAACAUGUGGAUCAGAAACAGUUGCUGUAUGCUAUUCGCUCAGAGUACAUGUCUGGUCCACUACGACAGGGAUUUUAUGACUUACUUAUAGCACUUCACCUGGAAUCACAUGCAACUACAAUGGAGGCAUGUAAGAAUGAGUACAUAAUUCCACUUGGUCAAGAACUGAAAGAAUUAUAUGAGAAUCCUGAUAUGAGACACAGCCUUAGGUCUCUAAAAACAGAAUCAGUUAGACCUCAGAUGAAAAUGACUGAUAUAGCUGAAACAAUUGAAAACAUCAGGAACUUGUAUAGCCCAGAUUUCCCACUUGACGCUGUUAAGGAUUAUAUCAUGGCUGCGUUGGAUGAGGCUGUUCAAGUAAACCAAGUACAUAACAGGGAUCCAAUUGGAGGCAGCAAUGAAAAUUUGUUCUUGCCAUUACUGAAACUAGUGGAUCGCCUGCUACUAGUUGGAUUGCUCACUGAUGAGGAUGUGGGGAAACUACUAAUUAUGAUUGAUCCAGAAACUUGGGACAGUUCAUUUGACAAAGAGGGGAAGGAUGAGCAUAGGAAAGGACUGCUUCAAAUGAAAAUGGCAGAAGGAGCCAAGCUACAGAUGUGCUACCUUUUGCAUCACUUAUGUGACAGCCAGUUACGUCACAGAGUUGAAUCAAUCAUUGCCUUCAGUCACGAUUUUGUUGCAGAACUGCAAACAGACCAGCUGAGGAGAUAUGUUGACAUCAAACAGUCAGACCUCCCAUCAGCAGUUGCGGCUAAAAAGACAAGAGAAUUUAGGUGCCCUCCAAAAGAGCAGAUGAAUGCAAUUCUUGGUUUUAAAAACCUUGAAGAGGAGGACAAGGAAAACUGCCCAUGUGGAGAAGAACUAAGAGAUCAACUGAAUACAUUCCAUGAAAAAUUAAUGUCACAUGUUUCACUUAAUGCACUGCGAGAUGCAGAAGAAGCUGAGGAAAAUGCAGUUGAAGCAGUGAAACCUGGUCCUAUUAAGCGCCUGUACAAUUUCAUCAAUGCAGUGAAAGAGAUGGAGGAAGAACCUAAGGAAGCAGUAGAACCUGAAAAGAAAACACCUGAAGAGAUAUUCCGCAAGGUACUUAUCAAAACAAUUGUCAGAUGGGCAGAGGAGUCUCAGAUUGAAACACCAAAACUGGUCCGAGAAAUGUUUGGCUUAUUGGUAAGACAAUAUGACAGUAUUGGAGAACUUAUUCGGGCUCUACAAAAAACAUAUGUAAUCAACAGCAAAACAAAGAAUGAUGUAGCUGCCAUGUGGGUGGGACUGAGUCAGAUUAGAGCAUUGUUGCCUGUACAGAUGUCACAAGAAGAGGAGGAAUUAAUGAGAGAGCGCUUAUGGAAACUUGUGAACAACCACACGUUUUUCCAGCAUCCAGAUUUGAUUAGAAUCUUGCGUGUUCAUGAAAAUGUGAUGGCUGUUAUGAUGAACACAUUGGGCCGUAGGGCCCAAGCACAGUCAGACACUCAGACACAGGCUCAAGCAACUGGCCAAGAGGGCGAGGUUGCUACAAAAGAGAAGGAUACUUCCCAUGAGAUGGUGGUAGCUUGCUGCAGAUUCCUUUGCUAUUUCUGUAGAACAUCUCGACAAAACCAGAAAGCAAUGUUUGAUCAUUUCUCAUUUCUUUUGGAAAACAGUAACAUUCUGCUGUCUAGGCCUUCACUAAGAGGAAGUACCCCUCUUGAUGUAGCCUAUUCAUCUCUCAUGGAGAACACUGAGCUGGCCUUGGCACUUAGGGAACAUUAUUUAGAAAAAAUUGCUAUCUAUCUUUCUCGCUGUGGUCUGCAGUCCAACUCAGAACUUGUGGAGAAAGGAUAUCCAGAUUUGGGUUGGGAUCCUGUGGAAGGAGAGCGUUAUUUGGAUUUCCUCAGAUUCUGUGUCUGGGUCAAUGGUGAGAGUGUUGAAGAAAAUGCUAAUUUAGUAAUUCGCCUUCUUAUCAGAAGACCAGAAUGCUUAGGUCCUGCUCUUAGAGGAGAAGGAGAAGGUCUUCUAAGAGCAAUAAUUGAUGCAAAUAAGAUGUCAGAGCGCAUUGCUGAUAGAAGAAAAGUAAUGGAUGAGGCAGAAGGAACUAUGACAGUGAUGCAGUUUGAGCAUCCUUUACCAGAAAGUGAAGAUGAUGAAGAUUAUAUAGAUACUGGUGCUGCAAUUCUUAAUUUCUAUUGUACACUGGUAGAUCUGCUUGGACGAUGUGCUCCAGAUUCAUCUGUGAUUCUGCAGGGAAAGAAUGAGUCCCUCAGAGCUCGGGCAAUUUUAAGGUCUUUAGUUCCUCUUGAGGAUCUUCAGGGUGUUCUGAGUUUAAAGUUUACACUGCAAAAUCCAGCAGCUGGAGAAGAAAGGCCAAAGAGUGACAUGCCAUCUGGCCUUAUACCAGCAAAUAAGCAGAGCAUUGUUUUGUUCCUGGAGAGAGUUUAUGGCAUUGAGACACAAGAACUUUUCUUCAGGCUACUGGAGGAAGCUUUUCUUCCUGAUCUCAGAGCAGCAACUAUGCUGGAUAGGAAUGACGGAUAUGAAUCGGACAUGGCCUUAGCAAUGAAUCGUUACAUAGGAAAUUCUAUUUUGCCACUUCUCAUCAAACAUUCUAAAUUUUAUAAUGAGGCUGAUAACUAUGCAAACCUUCUGGAUGCAACAUUGCAUACUGUGUAUCGUCUUUCCAAGAAUAGGAUGCUUACCAAAGGCCAAAGGGAAGCUGUGUCUGACUUCUUGGUCGCUCUUACCAGCCAAAUGCAGCCAAGCAUGCUCUUGAAACUACUGAGAAAGUUGACAGUUGAUGUCUCAAGAUUGUCUGAAUACACCACAGUAGCAUUAAGGCUUCUGAUGUUACAUUAUGAGCGCUGUGCCAAGUACUAUGGCACAUCUUUUGGACAGGGCAUGUAUGGAGCAUCAAGUGAUGAAGAAAAACGGUUGACCAUGAUGCUAUUUAGCAAUAUUUUUGACUCAUUGUCUAAAAUGGAUUAUGAUCCAGAACUGUUUGGUAAAGCACUGCCUUGCCUCACAGCAAUAGGAUGUGCCCUUCCACCUGAUUACUCAUUGUCAAAGAAUUAUGAUGAUGAAUGGUACGGAUCAAAAGAUACGUCAGAUCCUGAUGGGCCAUACAACCCACAGCCCAUAAACACAAGCAGUGUUGUGUUGAACAAUGACUUGAACACAAUUGUUCAGAAGUUCUCAGAACAUUAUCAUGAUGCCUGGGCUAGCAGGAAAUUGGAAAAUGGAUGGGCAUAUGGUGAGCAGUGGUCAGAUUCAUCUAAGACACACCCUCGUCUUAAACCCUACAACAUGUUGAACGACUAUGAAAAGGAGCGCUACAAAGAACCUGUACGAGAAUCAUUGAAAGCUCUCUUGGCUAUUGGCUGGACUGUAGAACAUACAGAAGUGGAAAUUCCAUCAAACAGCAGAAAUUCCAUGAGACGAUCAUCAAAGGGAGGAGAACAGUCUUCCACACCUUUUAACUAUAACCCUCAUCCUGUGGAUAUGACCAAUCUUACACUGAGCAGAGAGAUGCAGAACAUGGCUGAAAGGCUUGCUGAGAAUGCUCAUGACAUUUGGGCCAAAAAGAAGAAGGAAGAGCUCAUUACUUGUGGUGGUGGCAUUCAUCCACAGUUAGUGCCUUAUGAUCUGCUGACAGAUAAGGAAAAGCGAAAGGACAGGGAACGAUCACAGGAAUUCUUGAAGUAUCUGCAAUACCAGGGCUAUAAACUACACAGGCCAACACGGUCUGGUGCUGGAGAAUCAGAACAAACGACUGGUGCCAUAUCAGUAGAGCUGAGAUUUGCAUACAGUCUGUUGGAGAAAUUAAUACAGUACCUAGACACUGCAUCAAUUAAUAUGAAAAUGUUCAAACCAUCAAGCACCUUCAGCCGACGGACAAGUUUCAAAACUUCAACAAGAGACAUCAAAUUCUUUUCGAAGGUUGUGCUUCCUCUAAUGGAAAAGUAUUUCAGCACCCACAGAAAUUACUUCAUCGCUGUAGCAACAGCCACUAACAAUGUAGGGGCAGCAUCACUUAAAGAAAAGGAAAUGGUAGCAAGCUUAUUCUGCAAACUUGCUAGUUUGCUACGAUCUCGCCUCGCUGCCUUUGGAGCUGAUGUUAGAAUAUCAGUCAGAUGUCUGCAAGUCCUAGUCAAGAGCAUUGAUGCAAAGUCUCUCGUGAAGAACUGUCCAGAAUUCAUCCGAACAUCAAUGCUUACAUUUUUCAAUAAUGUUGCUGAUGAUCUUGGACACACAAUACAAAACCUGCAGGAAGGCCGUUAUAGUCACCUGCGAGGGACUCACCUGAAGACAUCAACUUCAUUGUCCUACAUUAAUGGAGUCGUUCUCCCUGUUCUUACUGCAAUGUUUGAUCAUCUUGCAGCCUGUGAAUAUGGAAGUGAUCUCUUAUUGGAUGAAAUCCAGGUUGCAUCAUACAGAAUGUUAAGUAGUCUCUACACUCUCGGAAUUGAUGCAACUCUGACUCAUGAUAGGAAGUACCUGAAGACUGAACUUGAGAGGCAUCGCCCAGCACUUGGCAGCUGCCUUGGUGCCUUCUCUUCUACAUUCCCAGUAGCAUUCCUUGAGCCUCAUCUAAACAAGCAUAAUCAGUUCUCACUAUUAAAUCGCAUAGCUGACCAUUCUUUAGAAGCCCAAGAUGUAAUGGCCCGAAUGGAACAAAGCAUGCCAACUCUAGAAACUGUACUCAGUGAUGUGGAUCAGUUUGUUGAGUCUGACAAGUCACAUUCAGAUGCUCCACACAUAAUUGACGUCAUUUUGCCUCUUCUUUGUUCAUAUUUGCCUUUUUGGUGGGCACAGGGACCAGACAAUGUUAGUCCAACUGGGGGAGCUCAUGUGUCGAUGGUGACUAGUGAACAUAUGAACCAGCUGUUGAAAAAUGUUCUGAAAUUGAUAAAAAAGAAUAUAGGCAAUGAAAGUGCACCUUGGAUGAUAAGGAUAGCAGCAUAUACACAACAGAUAAUAAUCAACUCUUCAGAAGAACUGCUUAAAGAUCCAUUCCUUCCACUUGCUGAGAAAGUGAAGAAACGAACUGAUACUCUGUUCCACAAGGAGGAAUCACUCAGAGGUUUCAUUAAAUCAGCAACUGAUGAUACUUCACAGAUUGAGUCUCAAAUUCAAGAAGACUGGCAUCUACUUGUGCGAGACAUAUAUGCUUUUUACCCUCUUCUUAUAAAGUAUGUGGAUCUUCAAAGAAAUCAUUGGCUUAGACACAAUGUCGCUGAAGCUGAAGAUUUAUAUAACCAUGUAGCCGAAAUAUUUAACACAUGGUCAAAAUCUCAGUACUUCAUGCGUGAAGAGCAGAACUUCAUCUCAGCAAAUGAGAUAGACAACAUGGUACUCAUCAUGCCCACAGCCAGCAGGCGGUCUGCAGUAGUUUCUGAUGUGUCUCAGCUAGGUGGUGGCAGCAAGAAAAAGAAGAAGCACCGUGAUAAGAAGCGAGACAAAGACAAGGAACUGCAGGCUAGUUUAAUGGUUGCCUGCCUGAAACGCUUGCUUCCAGUUGGCCUGAACCUCUUUGCUGGAAGGGAACAAGAAUUAGUGCAGCACUGCAAAGACAGGUUCUUAAAGAAGCUCCCUGAAAGUGAGAUAUUGGAGUUUGCCAAGAUACAGCUUACACUUCCAGAUAAAAUUGAUCCGGCUGAUGAGAUGUCUUGGCAGCAUUACCUUUACUCCAAGCUCGGACAGAAAAAAAAUGGAGAAGAAGGGAAACCGACAAAAGUAGAAGACGUUGUAGAGAGGAUAGUUGCCAUGUCAAAAGUGCUGUACGGACUUCAUAUGAUUGACCACCCUCAACAACUAAGUAAGGGCAGCUAUCGUUCAGUUGUUUCCACGCAGAGGAAGCGAGCUGUCAUUGCCUGCUUCCGACAAACGUCACUGCAUUCUCUACCAAGGCACAGAGCUAUCAACAUCUAUGUGCGUUCCUAUUGCGAUCUGUGGCUGCAGGAUGAGAAUGUUGGCCAGGAGAUAAUGAUUGAAGAUCUGACUCAAUCCUUUGAGGACGCUGAACUGAAAAAGCGUGAUGAACAGGAAGAUGAAGGAAAACCAGAUCCUCUAAAUCAACUUGUGACAACCUUCUGCCGAGGAGCCAUGACUGAACGAACUGGAGCUCUCCAAGAAGAUCCACUGUACAUGUCGUAUGCUGAAAUUCAGUCCAAGUCUUGUGGAGAGGAAGAAGAAGAAGGUGAAGAAGAAGGCGGUGAUGAAGAGGGAGCAGCUUCAAUCCAUGAACAAGAAAUGGAAAAACAAAAGCUCCUGUUCCAUCAAGCACGCUUAGCAAAUCGUGGUGUUGCAGAGAUGGUUCUUCUGCAUAUAUCAGCAUGCAAAGGAGUACCAAGUGAAAUGGUUAUGAAAACUUUGCAACUUGGUAUAUCAAUACUGAGAGGAGGAAACAGCGAUAUUCAAAUGGGAAUGCUAAACCACCUCAAGGAAAAGAAGGAUGUUGGUUUCUUCACGUCAAUUGCUGGUCUCAUGAACUCCUGCAGUGUUCUGGACUUGGAUGCAUUUGAACGUAACACUAAAGCUGAAGGGCUUGGGGUAGGAUCUGAAGGAGCUGCAGGAGAGAAGAACAUGCAUGAUGCUGAGUUCACUUGUGCCCUCUUCCGAUUCAUACAACUGACCUGUGAAGGGCACAAUCUUGAAUGGCAGAAUUACUUGAGGACACAAGCUGGGAAUACAACAACAGUGAAUGUUGUCAUCUGCACUGUUGACUACCUGCUGCGAUUACAGGAAUCAAUAAUGGACUUUUACUGGCACUACUCAAGUAAGGAAAUAAUAGAUCCUGCUGGUAAGGCAAAUUUCUUCAAAGCCAUUGGAGUAGCAAGUCAGGUGUUUAACACACUUACUGAAGUAAUCCAGGGGCCCUGCACACAGAACCAGCAGGCUUUGGCCCAUUCAAGGCUCUGGGAUGCAGUUGGAGGCUUCCUGUUCCUGUUUUCGCACAUGCAGGACAAACUUUCAAAACAUUCUAGUCAGGUAGACCUCCUGAAGGAACUAUUGAAUUUGCAGAAGGACAUGAUAACUAUGAUGCUGUCCAUGCUUGAAGGCAAUGUUGUGAAUGGUACAAUUGGUAAACAGAUGGUUGACACACUAGUAGAGUCUGCAUCUAAUGUGGAGUUGAUCCUGAAAUACUUCGACAUGUUCCUGAAAUUAAAGGACCUUACAAGUUCUGCAAGUUUCCAGGAAAUUGAUAUCAAUCAUGAUGGAUGGGUUACUCCAAGGGAAUUCAGGGAGAAAAUGGAACAGCAGAAGAGCUACACCAUUGAGGAGAUUAACUUCUUGUUAAUGUGCUGUGAUACAAAUCAUGAUGGGAAAAUAGACUACGUUGAAUUCACUGAAAGAUUUCACAACCCUGCAAAAGAAAUUGGCUUUAACCUGGCAGUGCUCCUAACCAACUUGUCAGAGCAUAUGCCCAAUGAGCCAAGGUUGGCACGUUUUCUGGAAACAGCUGGAAGUGUAUUGAAUUACUUUGAACCAUAUCUUGGACGCAUAGAGAUAUUGGGUGGCAGCAAGAGAAUUGAAAGAGUUUACUUUGAAAUAAAGGAGUCAAAUAUUGAACAGUGGGAGAAACCGCAAAUUAAGGAGUCAAAGAGGGCAUUCUUUUACUCAAUUGUCACUGAGGGUGGUGACAAAGAAAAGCUUGAAGCCUUUGUGAACUUCUGUGAAGAUGCCAUCUUUGAAAUGACUCAUGCAAGUGGUUUAAUGGCAAGUGAGGAAAGCUCUACAAUUGGAAAGGCAAGGGAAGCAUCAUACAGUUACAUGACAGAAGAAGAUGAAGAGCGGGCUGCAAAAGAUCCAAUUCGCAGAGGCAUCCAAGCUGUAAAAGAUGCAGUUUAUUUCUCGUUGGCUUUGUUGUCACCUACCAACAUCAAGAACAAAAUUAAUGAGCUUCAACAGAUGUCAUUUAUGGAAUUAUUUGUUGGAUUCUUUAAGCUCAUUUUCUAUGUUUUCUACUAUUCAGGAUUUGGAGUCUCUGUGGUGAUCAAGUAUGUUGUUGGAAUCUUAAUGUCACUCAUGAGAGGACCGCAAAUAGAAGAGCCUGUUGUCGAGGUGAAAGAAGAAGAACGGAUGGGUCCUUUACGUGUGUUACCAGCAUUACCUGCAACGCCAGAUGAAGCAAAUGCCCCGCAGCAGAUGCAGGCAUUUGGUUUGGAUAUUACAAAAGAGGAUAAUGGGCAGUAUCACAUGGUUCCACAUGAAAGUGCUCCACCAUCUCCACAGUCAAGUGUUGAAGAAGGCGGAGACACAACUCCUGAGGAGGGGGCAGAAGAACAUGCCAAGCAAGAAGCUGCUGAAGGGGAAUCACCUCUCAGCCUUGUGGACUUACUUGGUGGUGAUGCAGCACGCAAAGCUGCAGCUGCAACUGCCGAGGCAGCAGUACAGCAGCAGGCUGCAAUGGCAGCUGUUGAAGCGGAAUCCAAGCAGGAAGUUGUGGUUGAACCAUCAGCAAUGUCCCAGAUUGACUUCAGCGAGUAUACAAAGAGGGCUGUAAGUUUCCUUGCACGCAACUUCUACAACUUGAAAUAUGUUGCUUUAGUGCUUGCCUUCUGCAUCAACUUCAUGCUGUUAUUUUAUAAAGUCACAACUCUUGGUGGUGAUGAUGACGAAAAUGGCAAUGGCUCAGGAGAAGAAGUGGCUGAUUUAAUGGAAGAACUCUCAAUGGAAGUGAAUUCUACAGAAGUGGGAAGUGCAGAAAAUGGAAGUGGUGAAGAAGAAGAACCAUUAGAGCUAGUCCAUGUAGAUGAAGACUUUUUCUACAUGGAACACGUGUUACGAUUAAUGGCGUUAUUGCAUUCCAUAGUCUCAUUAGCAAUGCUCAUUGCAUAUUACCACUUGAAGGUACCACUGGCCAUAUUCAAAAGAGAGAAAGAAAUUGCCAGGAGAUUGGAAUUUGAUGGCUUGUACAUAGUUGAGCAGCCAGAGGAUGAUGAUAUAAAAUCCCAUUGGGACAAGCUGGUGAUAUCUGCAAAGUCAUUCCCAGUUAACUACUGGGAUAAAUUUGUGAAGAAAAAGGUCCGUCAAAAGUACAGUGAGACAUAUGAUUUUGAUUCCAUCAGUAAUUUACUAGGAAUGGAGAAGACAUCUUUCAGUGCACAGGAAGAGGAAGGAGGAUCUGGCUUCAUCAACUUCAUUGCAAAUAUUGAUUGGAGGUACCAGAUUUGGAAAUCAGGUGUAACAAUAACAGAUAAUUCAUUCCUGUACAGCUUGUGGUACUUCACAUUUUCAAUACUGGGCAACUUCAACCGUUUCUUCUUUGCGGCACAUCUGUUAGAUGUUGCUGUGGGUUUCAAGACGCUACGUACGAUAUUGCAGUCAGUAACACACAAUGGAAAACAGCUUGUACUGACGGUGAUGUUGCUGACAAUCGUUGUGUACAUUUAUACUGUUAUUGCCUUUAAUUUCUUCAGAAAGUUUUAUGUACAAGAGGAGGAUGAAGAAGUUGAUAAGAAAUGCCAUGACAUGUUAACAUGUUUCGUGUUCCACCUGUACAAGGGAGUGCGGGCUGGAGGAGGCAUCGGUGAUGAAAUCGAGCCGCCAGAUGGUGAUGACUAUGAAGUAUAUCGCAUCAUGUUUGACAUCACAUUCUUCUUUUUCGUCAUUGUUAUCCUGCUGGCUAUCAUUCAGGGUUUGAUCAUUGAUGCUUUUGGUGAGCUGAGAGAUCAGUUGGAAAGUGUAAAAGAAGACAUGGAGUCAAACUGCUUUAUUUGCGGUAUUGGAAAAGAUUACUUUGAUAAAGUACCACAUGGGUUUGACACUCAUGUACAACAAGAACAUAACUUAGCAAAUUAUAUGUUCUUUUUGAUGCACUUAAUCAACAAACCAGACACAGAAUAUACUGGUCAGGAGACCUAUGUCUGGAACAUGUACCAGCAGAGAUGCUGGGACUUCUUCCCUGUUGGUGACUGCUUCAGGAAGCAGUAUGAAGAGGAGCUGGGAGGAGGUGGCGGCUAGAGCAGUGUGGUUCCCGGUGGAUUCUGUCAACCGACUGCAUUACUGCCGUGUGUGAACUGAUCUCAUUACACUACUUUUCUGUGUAUCAUCACAGCAUCAUCUGAGGGACGUAACUUCUGUGAUGUGACAUAUAUGGAGCUGACAGGUGUCAGUUUCAUAGUUUUUGGUGGCCUUCGGAUAAAAUUUCAAUCACUUGUCAAUUCAGACUGCUCGCAUCAGUGUAGUCACUGUUUCUUACUCUUCUCAACUGUUGAAUUUUACCUCAUGAAAGGUACAAAUAACAGGGCCCACAGGACGUGGAGGAGGAAUGUAUUGUUCACAUUCAUUAAAACUGUCAUCUUGUUGAAUGGUCAGGAAGUGCAAUACAUAAAUUAUUUUUUACAAUUUUCAUAAAUUGUCAUUAAGUCAUCCAUUUUUAUUGUUUUGUUUAUGUGACACUAUGACAGUGUGACUUUUUUUUAUCAAUGUCUGUACCCCAAUAUAAACUCUGAAAAGAGCUAAGAAAAUGAGAGAUGUUUUAAAUUAAAAAACGAAAGAAAAACAGCCAGUCAGUCCAUGGAAAUUUGUAUGGUAAUAGAGAGCUGAAGCCAGUCUUUCCUGAAAUUGUUCCAGUCUACCACAAAAUAUUCAGUUGAAUCUCAGAUAUUUACACUUUUGUUCCUGCUUCAUGUGUUUCACUCUCCUGUUCUUGUACUGAAUCUAUUUUUGAUGUCAAUAAAAAAGCAGUAUUUGUUACAAUA